AUGGAAAUUGAAAAGACGGCUAAGAAAGAUGAAGAAAGUGAUAUUGAUUAUAUUGAAAAAACAAUUGGUGCGUUCGGUUGGUGGCAAGCAAAAGUGUGCAUUCUCGCGUCCUUGACCAGAUUCUUGGCUAUGUGGAACAUGCUAAACAUAAUGUUCCUGACCUACGACAACAGUUUUACGUGUAUUAGAUUCAACGGAACUCAACCAGUGACUGUGACCCCUACAACUUGCUAUGAGAACUGUAUCAAGUAUGAUUUCGAGUUUGAAGAGGGCUUAUUUCUUAAAGGUUUUGUAGAAGAAUUUGGAUUGAUUUGCGAUAGAGCCUGGAUGGCUAGUUUCGCACAGACUAUACUUAUGUUUGGUUUGCUCUUUGGAGUCUCUUUGUUUGGAUGGAUCUCGGACAGAUUUGGCCGUAGUAAAGCGAUAUUUUACUCCGCUUUCCUGGUGGUAGUUUUCAUGUUAGGGUCUUGCUUUGCUCCCGACUAUUGGACAUUCUGCGGUUUACGGUUCCUCACUGGAAUCGCCACUGGUGGCCAGAUGAUUGUUGCUGUUGUUCUGGUGCUGGAGGUCGUGGGAGCCAAAUAUCGCGAGGUUACUGGUGCCUGUAUCUCCUUGCCCGACGGAAUCGCGGAAGCAACCUUGGUGGUAUUCGCCCAUUUUGCCCCCACAUGGCGAGUUUAUCUGCUGUCUAUCUGCACUGUGUCAGCUCUGUUGAUGAUCCUGCAAAUAUUUCUACCUGAGUCCCCGAGGUGGCUGAUGUCUAGGGGGCAAGGGGAAAAGGCAAGGACGAUUAUGAUGAAGGCUGUUGUUUGGUAA